CGCUCCCCCCGCCUCCGCCCGCGCGGUGCCGCCCUGUGACCAACUCCCGUGUGUGAGUCACGGCAGCGCCGUCAAUGCCGUGUGCGGGCGGGCGGCGCUGCCUGGGCUGCCCCGGCCCCCCUCCCCCGGCACAGGGCUGGCGGGCCGCACUUGUCACCGUGUCACAUCCUCCCCGCCGCCUGCCGACCCGGCUCACCCUCCCCAGCUCGGCCGCCGCCCGGGGCCGCCGCGGCGGCAUGGGAUAGAGCCGGGCACAGCCGCCCCCGCCGCUCGUUUCACGUUGACCUCCCCGCGGUUUAAAUCCCUCCCCCGCGCCCCCUCUCUCCGCCGAGCCCCCUGUGCCCCGGGCGCCUCCCUCGCCGGUCCUCGCCGCGGAGCCCCCGGAGCGGAUAGCGCCUGGUGCCGAGCGCUUCCCUCCUUCCCCCAAGUCUUCGCGCUGGAACAUCGUUUGGCCUCAUUUUUGUGCUUCGCUGGUACCUGCACAGCCCAAAUUAGCAGCGAGGAUUCCGCGGACGGGGGCCGCCGCCUCCCUCGGCUCCCAGAUAUAUGUUGGGGAAAGGAGGAAAGCGCAAGUUUGACGAGCAUGAAGAUGGGUUGGAAGGCAAAGUGGUGUCUCCCACUGACGGUCCCUCUAAGGUGUCUUACACCUUACAGCGCCAGACUAUCUUCAACAUUUCCCUCAUGAAACUCUAUAACCACAGGCCAUUAACCGAGCCAAGCUUGCAAAAGACAGUUUUAAUUAACAACAUGUUGAGGCGGAUCCAGGAAGAACUCAAGCAAGAAGGCAGCUUGAGGCCCAUGUUCGUGGCCGCCUCGCAGCCCGCCGACCCUCUCAGCGACAACUUCCGCGAGGCGCCGCCGGCGUUCAGCCACCUGGCCUCGCCGCCCCUGCUCCCCGCCGACCUGGUAAGCACUAUGCCCCUGGAGUCCUGCCUCACCCCCGCCUCCCUGCUCGAGGACGACACUUUUUGCACUUCCCCGGCCGUCCAGCACGACGGUCCCACGAAGCCACCACCUCCUGCUCUCCAGCCAGUAAAGGACAGCUUCUCAUCAGCCUUGGACGAAAUCGAGGAGCUUUGUCCGGCACCUACCUCCGCAGAGGCAGUAGCAGCUGAGCCGGCGGCCGCCGAUGGCUCCAAAGCGCAGCCCGGCGAGUCCGACAUCCACAAGGCCGAGGGCGUCCCGGAGAGCAGAACGGCCGAGCCCAAACUCAUGGAGCCCCUGCCCGGCAACUUUGAGAUAACGGCUUCCACAGGUUUCCUCACAGACUUGACCCUGGAUGACAUUCUGUUCGCUGACAUUGACACGUCCAUGUAUGAUUUUGACCCCUGCACGUCUGCCACGGGGGCCGCCUCAAAAAUGGCCCCUGUCUCGGCGGACGAGCUCCUAAAAACUCUCGCUCCGUACAGCAGUCAACCAGUAACUCCAAAUCAGCCUUUCAAAAUGGAUCUCACAGAACUGGAUCACAUCAUGGAGGUGCUUGUUGGGUCUUAAAAAUAUUGAGAAAUAUAGCAACUUUUUUUGUUGUUGUUGGUUUUGGUUUUCUUUUCUUUCUUUUUUUUUUUUUUAUUGUUAAUUUUAAGUACCAGUAUAUACACUCGGUAGUAUUUCCAUAGUUCCUCCCAGCCCCGAUUCACAGCACUGUGCAUGCAUCCUUGCUUGCCUUUUUUGAAAAGAAAAGGAUCACACUAGUUUUUGCUUCGAGCAGAGUUGGAGUGCCUUCAUCCAUGUAUGACCACUUCUAAUGUAUUUUUUUUAAAGUGGUUCCUCAAGGAAGACCGAAUAUCCUGGUAUAGGAAAGAAUAUGUAUUGUAGACAAUGUUAUGUUAUUACAAAAGAAAAAAAAAAGAAAAAAAAGGAAAAAAAGAAAAAAGGAAAAAAAAAGGUAAAAGCUAAGCACAAGGAUUAUGUUGGGGAAAGCUGUAAAUUGCAUGUGCAUACUUGUCUAUUUUUUCUAUAAGUUUUAUUGCAAGAGGUAAAAAAUUUUAUUAUUUAGAUAAUCUCAAUACCAUUUUAGCCCUGUAUAGGUUGACUUUAGCAAUUCAGCCUUUUGGAGGCAUUAACCUGCUCCUCUUUAAGUGUUGCAUUUACAUGGCUGUUUAGAAACUGCUGCCCAAAUUUAUUUUAUAUUUUUGUACAGAUUCUGCAGUUUAUGGUAUUGUUUUUUCUAAAAACAAAUGCUGUUUAUACACACAAAAAAAUAGCUAUUUUGAUAGGAUUUGCUCACAUAGUUCCUGCAUAAUUCAGAUGUACAAGAACCACUUGUACUUUUAUACAGAGUUGUAAUGUUUUAUAUGUGUAUGGUGCAAAGAGAAAAUUGGAUCAAAUAAGCCUGCAGUCGGUUUCCCUGAAUGCAAACAAACAAACAAACAAAAAAAGUGCUUUAAGAAAGGGCUGGGAGCCGCUUCUGUCGGAGUUUCACAAGUGUUUGCUCCCUGCUGUCCCCGCUGCGCACUACUGUGAUUCCUGAAACUCAGAGCCAUGUCCUUUUCCAACACGUACGCGAAGCAGUCGGCAGGAAACAGUUGUGGAACUUCACCUGCGAGGUCCCGAGCGCUGCCCUGCCCUGGUGGAGCCUUAACCCGGCCCAGACGGGCACCUCCUCCCCCGGAGCUCCUGGGAACGGUGAGAGGGGCAGCAGGACGUGCCCGGAGCCCACCGAGAGCCGGCCUGCCCCGGCACCUCCCUGACUGAGGGGCGCGGGCAGCGAGCGGGGCUGGGAGCGCCCGCUCGCCCUUUCUUGGAGCACCUCUCCUUCCCUGUCCCACCUCACUGUGCUAAGUGCUGAAAAAGGCAGCUUCAGUAUUACUGCAGUGAAGCUCAUCUCGUACCUGCACUGGAUGGACUCGCUUCAAUAUCCAUUGCUGUUGAAACUGGAGCCAGUCGCGCGACACCACUUGGCAUCUCCUACAGAGCUGGGUUCUUGUAUCGACUGUGUUACUGCUUUACACUUUAUAGACCCGUUUUACAAGGAAUAUACAGACACAGCUUUCUAUGCAUGGUCCCCUCCCCCCUGACACCUGAGAAGUCUUCUUACUGCACCAAUAGCUGUUUGGGUUUGUUUUGUUUUUGUUUUUGUUUUUUUUUUCCUAAGUUCGUUGUGGUGUACAUUUAAUUUAAAAAGAAAAAAAAAAACUGUUUGCAAUGUAUCAUGCCUAUUGCUGAAGUUGCUAUGGCAUUUUAGUUUUCCAAUGGUACUUUAGUUGUUGAGUGCCGGUUACAACCUGUAUUGUUGACAUGCCUAUGGCUUCUUUAGGAAUAACUUUUAUAUUUAUUUAAGAAGUUUUAAAUUAUGUUUUACGUCAUUUGGCAAUAUUCAGUCGAUUCUGCUCCCUUCUUGUCAUGGAUGAGAUUGGGUCUUGCCUGCCUCUUAAGGAGGCAGCUUUUUAUUAAUUGGCACUUUAAACAGGCCAUAUAUAUUUAUUAGUGUAUAGAUAGAUGUAACACAGAUCUGCACACAGACACAGGAUGAGAGCAAAUGCAUUUUUGCAAUGAAGGAACUCCGAAUGGAAAUGAAAUGCGUCACAUACGGCUGCGAAAGGCGCUCCUGGCUCCCAGGGAAUCUGCCAGGGAGAGGCAGGGCUGGGGGAGGAGGGGGCACUGGCCCAGGGGCGUGGGUUUGCUUUCUUCUUUCUCCCAACCCCGUGAAGCACUGGGGCGCUGAUGGAUUCACAGACUGAAGAGAAAGGAAGCGAUUGCUUCAAAGGGAAAACCAUUGGCCAAGUGCGGCUUUAGGGACCAGGGGAAGGGAGGGUGGAAGGAGGGGGACAGCUCCAGCUCCCACCCAGCCCUUGUUCCACAGCAGGAGAACCCACAGAGCCUUUCUGUCCCUACACCUGGAGUACCUGGGAACACAAUCCUGCACGAACCUGGAACGGCACCAGGCUCACACGGCACGUGGCUAACCCUGGUUAAAAACUGACUUGCAGGAUGCUGGAGCCGCCUGUGUUUGGGGGUUGCUGAAGUAUUCACACCUGCAUAAAUAGCAGCUGCUAGGCAGAAGCUCCCAUCAGGGCCCUGCUCAGAGACCCGUGCUGUUCAGGGGAGUCAUCUCAAGUUGUGCCCAGAGAGCCAGAGCUGAGCUCUGAAUCCCCUUUGCCCCUUGGGCGGUGCCUGUGGCUCCUUGAUGCCCGUGUCCUGUGGUGGAAUCCCUACAGGAACCCCACAGGACAAAAACCUGCUUGAUUUGUGGGACUGGUAGAAGGUUGGGAGGGCUGGGGCAGGCCUGGGUGGGAAGGGCUGAGCUGUGGCUGCCCCUCUGCACGGUCUCUAGCUGGGCCUGUGCUGUGAUCCCAACAGCAGCCACGCAGGGAAUGUCUCUGAGACCUGCACCAGGGAUGGAGAUUGACAUUAACGUGCAAUGAAGUGACAAGAUGGGAGCAGAAUAAGAGAGCUUUGGAUUUGAAGUGACUUUUUUUUUUCGUAAAUUAUUUAUUCUUUUUUUUUUUCCUUCUGUAAAUAUAUUUAUUUUAUUGUGAAGCUAACAACAUCUGGAUUGUAACAUGUACAGAAUGUAUGGUAGGAAUGUAUCCUCUUGUAGGAAUGUAAAUCUGUAUGAAAAAGGGUAUGGGAGCCAGAUUCAGAAAGAAUGAAUUGAGUUCCAGUCAGGAUAUAUGCAUGGAUCACAGGAUUAUUUUUUCCCUACACUCUUUUUCUAAUAUGGGUCUGGUUGUUUGAAAUAUGCAAAAAAAGGCAUGGAGGAGGGCAGGUUUAUGUUCAAAAUUAGUCCUGAUCAGGCUCCUACCCCCCACUGGCUUCUUAAGAGGGGCCUCCCUUGGCACGCUACUGGAAUCUGCCACUGAAGGCGGGAGCAACUGCAAUCAUCUCCAUCCUGCAGGCCUGGGAAAGGUCUAGAAAAGACGAUUUUUUUUUCCCCUCUUAUUUUUUAAACACGCACGGGAGGCCCAGCAGAAGCCCCCGGGGCUGGACGCCCAUGGCAGGGGGCAGGAUGUUCCCUCGGGCCCCAGGAGCUGUGCCAGAGCCGCGUCCUGGCCCGGAGCUGGGGCCGGGCAGGACGUCCCGAGGGCCCCGGCGCUCUGUCCGCCCCGGCGCUGUGUCCGCCCCGGCGCUCUGUCCGCCCCGGCGCUGUCCGAGCAGGAGCCGGGAGCCGGGGAAGGGCAGGAUCCCUCCGAGAGAGCGGCCGGGCAGCGCCGCUUCCACCCCGCUCCGCCGGCAGCCAGCCGGGAGAGCAACGCCGCCGUCCGAAGCCAUCGCCGUCGGGAGAAAUGGAGGUAAUUCGGUUUUUCCUCAGCGCCGUGUGGGAAGAGCCUGGCUUGUUUGAAAGUGAUCAUUUUGAAUCCGAAGUUUACACUUUAUGACCAUUAAAUUGAGGAAAUAGCAAUGGGUCCUGUCUGACAAAUGGUUUGAUUCAUUCUGGCAUGUUUUGAACUUUUUGUUCUUGUUACAGGGUUUCUUUUGGUUUGGUUUUGUUCUUUUUUUCCUCCCCCCCAACCACCCAAUCAGGCUUCAGUAUCCUGCUUCUGUGCAAGUUGCUUUCAAUAUUCUAUUAAUUAAUGAGACUGAACAUUUUAAAAUAAAUUCGUUCUAUUUUAAGCACUUUUUUUCUUUUUCUGAAAAUAAGCCUAAUGCAAGUUCUGGAACCUCUUUAAAAACACAAAUUGCAGAUAAAAUCCCAACCUCAACUCCUAUCUAGUUCUGAGCAUAUUCCAUACUAGUGCCUACAAAGGCCAAGAUUCUGGAAAAGGUGUAAAUAGUGUGACAUGUUCAGUGCAUGGUUGUUUGAACAGGGCUUGUUAUUGUCAAAAAAAUUUUAAAAAAAGAGAAAAAAAAAAAGGAAAAAAUGGGAAAAAAAUAAAUAAAAAAGGCUGUAUUUCCCCUUCCCCUCCCACAGACCUUAGAGCUGUGCCUUUUCUAUGCAAUAUUACAGACAUCUGAAACCAGAUUACUGUAUUCACAUGUAGGUAUGGGCUGUAAUCAAAAAUACAAUUGGACAAAUGUACAUGGAAAUGAGCAGUCUUACUUUUGUAGUUUUAUAUUAUACAAUAAACAAUUAAAAUAAA